AACUCCCCAUUCAAGUUACAAGUAUUUUUUUUCCAGAAGUCAAAAGAAAUAUUCAUGGCCGACUGUGUUUUGCUUGGCUGUCGCUGUGGUUCGUGAUUAAACUUGAUGCCGAACAUUGACCAGAAACGAUCCGUGUGGUGAUAAGUCCACAUCGUCUUUCGUUUUUGUUAAUUCAAACAGAAAAAAAGCAAAUCUUAUAGUAAUUCAAUUUAAUUUAAAAAUAAAAAUGGAAAACAAUAUUGUGAAGAAACCGGGAGAAAAGGUUGCCCGACCUUACCAGUUGCGGCUUCUUGAACACGCAAUUAAGCACAAUUCUAUAAUAUAUCUACCAACAGGAAGUGGCAAAACUUAUAUAGCAGUUAUGUUGAUUAAGCAUUUUUCAAAGGAUUUCCAAAAGCCAUUUAAUGAAGGUGGAAAGCGUUGUGUUUUCCUUUGCAAUACAGUCGAGUUAGCUCGUCAAAAUGCCCGAGAAAUAGCCAAUGUGACAAAUUUCAAAGUUGGGCUCUUUAUUGGUGAUAUGAACGUCGACAAUUGGCCUCAGGAAAAAUGGGAAUCUGAAAUUAUGGGCAAUCAAGUUUUUGUAGGAACGAGUCAGGUGUUUGUAGACAUGGUCACCCAUCAGUAUUUGUCCAUCAAUGAUUUGAGCUGCGUUGUUAUGGACGAGUGUCAUCAUGCAACCAAAUCUCAUCCAAUGCAUCGCUUCUUAUCUCUCUUCUUAUAUGCCAAUCAAGCUGAGCUACCGAGGGUUGUCGGGUUGACGGGGGUUUUGUUAAAAACAGAAAAAAAAGGAGAUAUUUUAACAUAUCUCAAGGAAUUGGAAGCUGUUUUUCGAGGAAAGAUCAUUACAGUAGAGAAUUUGGACGAAUUCCAUAAUGUUUUGCUCUAUUCAACAAAACCUUAUGAAAUAAUGGUUAAAUACCCUGACGAAUCUAUGGUGUAUGAUGUUGAAAAUCAAAUCAGAGCAAUAAUUCAAAACUGCUGUACGCAACUAGAUUAUUGGGAAACGGGAGAGAAAACUAAAUACUCAAAAGGUCUUGUUAAAAUACGCGAACCCUCCAAACGGAAACAAAUCAAAUCUCUUUUAACUGAUUUUGUCUACCAAAUGGAUGAUAUGGGUUUGUAUGCUGCGUCUGUGGCUAUAAUGGCAGCUAUAGUCCAACUUGAAGUAAAUAAACGCAACGCCCCAACAUUAUAUUUGCGCAAGAUGUUCAGAUAUGUUAUAACCAAAUGUGAAUUAAUUCGUCAUUUAUUGAUAAAGAAAAUAAAAGCAUUUAUAUCGGAUGAUGACGAUGACGAAGACGACAUGGAUGAAGCUGAUAUUAUACUUAAUUUUUCCAAAUCCAAAGUUCAAUAUCUGUUGUCCUAUUUGGUUUCGGAAUUCAGUUCAAAGAAAGGUGAUGAAAUAAGUGCUUUGGUUUUUGUUCAACGUCGAUACACUGCUAAAUGCUUAUACUUUGUUAUAAAAAACUUUGUUGAUGCACAUCCGGGGCUAAAACAUAUUAAACCCAAUUUCAUGGUAGGACGAACUGCAGGAAUGGUGUAUUCAAUUGAUACGAUACUUGAUUCCAAGUGGAAUCGUCAUGCUAUUGAAAUGUUUCGAAUUAAGGAAUGCAAUUUGAUUGUAUGUUCAAGUGUGCUGGAAGAAGGCAUUGAUGUUCAGGCAUGUAAUUAUGUUAUUUCUUUUGAUUCCAUAAAGACAUUUAGUUCGUAUGUACAAAUGAAAGGGCGUGCACGUUCUUCCAACAGUACAUAUGCCGUUUUCUGUGAAAAAUUGAAACAACAUGAGGUUGCACAACAAAUAAAGCAGUACCAGGAAAUCGAUGCGCAAUUAAAAAAAUAUCUCAUCACACGUACAAUUGAUAGAGAAAUACCACUAGAGAGCGCAACAGCAGAACAAUUUAAAGAACUCAUCACACCGUUUAGGACCCGCACAGGAGCUGUGUUACAAGCAGAAACUACUUUAAUGCUUUUACAUCGCUAUUGUCAGACACUACCACAAGAUUCAUUUACAAAUUCCCUUCCAAUGUGGGCAAUUGAGCAAAGUGAAGAAAACAAAAGUUGCGUUGUCAGUUUAAAAUUACCACCUCAGUCUACUGUCAAAGAUAUAAUAUUGAGUGAUGUAAUGAAGACUUGUAGAGCUGCAAAAAUGUCAGCUGCAUUCAAAGCAUGCGUUAAGCUAUACCAACAAGGAGAACUAGAUGACUCCCUAUUACCAAUAACUCGUAAGAAAAUACUUGAAAACUGCACCGAAACAUACUUCGCAAAAUGGAAAAAUGAAGCAAAUGAUAAUGCUAAAGAAGCUGGGACUAAGCACAAUAUUCGAGAAUAUAAGAAAAUCUAUCCUGAAGAACUGAUCGGUUCAGUCCCAAUUCCUGGUGAAAUAUGUUACGCCUAUUGUAUAAAAAUAGUGCCAGAAUUUAGGUUGGAUGAGGAUAAUGCAAACAUAAUUAAUUUAUUGAAUUCAAAUUCUAAUUAUGCUAUUGUUGUAAAGAAAAAACUUCCUGCCCUAGCACCAAUGCCACUUUUCAUGACACAAGGUCCACUCAAAGUAGAAAUAUUGAGUAAACCUUUUGAAUUGAUUAUUGGUGAUAAUAAUGAACUAUCAAGUUUAAAAGCAUUCAACAAAAUCUUAUUUACUGACAUACGAAAAUAUUGGAAGCGAUUUUUAGCUUUCGACAAUAGGAAUGGUCCGAAUGCUUUCCUGAUUGCACCAGUGCAACAUAAUUGUGCCAUUGAUUGGGAGUUAAUCCGCCAAUUUCAAAAACUAACCCCAAUGAGAGGAACAAGUGAAAAUGAAAGAUUGAAAAAAGUCCACAAGCCUGAGGAUUACCUUGGAAAGGUGGUCAGCACAUGGUACAGUUCCGAUGAAGACGUUCGAUAUAUUGUGACGAAAAUUCGACAUGAUCUAACUCCGCUAAGUCCAUUUCCUUCGAAUAGUUUUAAGAAUUAUGCAGAAUACGUUGAGAAUAAAUAUCGAGAGCGAGUUGUAAAUACGAAUCAGUUUAUGAUCGAAGUUCAAGCACUUACCUCGCGUAGUAAUUUCUUCAUAAAUUCUAUGGGUAAGACCACAGAAAGUAAACGUGCUAAGCGAGAUAGUAAGAUUUUGGUCAUUCCCGAAAUGUGUCAUAAUUUUCGUUUUCCUGGCGACCUAUGGCUGAAGGCAUUGUUUUUGCCAUGCAUUUUACAUAGAUUGCAUUAUCUGUUGAAUGCCGAAAAGUUGCGUGUUGACAUAAAUAAUUAUUUGGGAAUUCGAACAGAUGCCAAUUAUAAGCCAGCGCUUAUCGAAAUAGAUUAUUCGCUUCGACGAGUGGGCACUAGUAAAGAACCAAAAAGCAUGCUUCCAGCUCUAGAAACUACACGUAGAGAUAAUGUAAUUAAUUCAUGUUACAAUCUGGUUGAUAUUGAACAAGGAAACUGGAAGGCGUACUUGGAGCCCGUUGAUGUCUUUCGAAAUGUCACCACUUUGUACCCAAUUGAAAUCGACUAUUAUUACCAAUUUGCUAACAAUUUGUUGGAAGACAUGGCCAAAUUAAAGCUUGAUGAUUCGCCAGCUGCAUCAAUGAACAAUCUUGAAGCUCACAAAUCGAAAGUAAGGGAUCACCAUGUUAACGAUUUAACUAAAAGAAUUUCCGAUAUCGCAUUCGAUUCUGGUCGAUGUAUAAAAAUUCUAGAGAACCUUGCUGGCCCGUACAAGACUGCAGAACAAUUUGAAUUUCUGGCUGCAAUAACAACUGGAAAAACAAAUGAUUAUUUCGAUAUGGAACGCUUCGAAGUUUUGGGUGAUUCAUUUUUGAAAUUCAGUUGUUCACUACUUCUAAUGCAUAGACAUAAAUCUUGGAAUGAGGGAAACCUAACAACAAUCAAAUCGCGAUUAGUGAGCAAUAGAAAUUUGCUUUACUGUAUGCGGGAGAAGUUCAAGGGUUCAUUUAUUUGUUCCUCUGUUUUCGAACCAACUAGCGAAUGGCUGCCUCCUUUCUCAUCUGUUCCUUCGAAUGUCCUCAAAGCCAUCGAGCAGGACGGUCUUUCGCCUAACUGUCUUUACGAGCUGAAUCUGAGUGAGGAGGAAAUCAAGGAAGGACUAUGCAAUCAGAAGACACUAGAAGCUCUUCGCGAUAAUACCCAGUUAUCAGAGACAUCCGUUGAGUGCCUUUACGAAUUCAUUUACAAACAAUCUUUAGCCGAUAAGGUUGUGGCCGAUUGUCUGGAGGCGCUAUUGGGCGUGUGUGUUAAAAAUUAUGGAAUUGAAAAAAGUUUCGAAAUGCUAGACUAUUUUGGAAUAUAUUAUGAUUCCAGAAAGGAAUUACUUCCAAAGCUUCUGGAUAUCAAUUUGGGAAGCCCGCUUUUAAAAACCAAUGUAAAACAAUCCGUAGUUGAUGGAUAUUUGGUGAACUAUGAGUUUUUAGAGAAAAACUUGAACUAUCAAUUUAAGGAUCGUGCAUAUCUGUUACAAGCUCUUACACAUCCAUCUUAUCCAACAAAUCAAUAUACUGGCUGCUACCAGCAACUUGAGUUUUUAGGAGAUGCCAUUUUGGACUUUUUGGUAUCAUGCCAUAUUUUUGAGCGUUGUACACAUAUGAAUCCCGGCGAGAUAACCGAUUUGCGUUCUUCGCUGGUCAAUAAUGUUACAUUAGCUUGUGUUUGUGUAAGAAAUCGCUUUCAUCAGUAUAUUCUCUAUGAGAGUCCAAAACUUUCCGAGUGUAUUCGAAAAUUUGUCGAAUUUCAAAAAACACAAGAUCAUCGUGUUACAGAUCAAGUAAAGAUUCUUCUGGAAGAAAACAUCCUUCAAAAGGAAUCUUUUAAUUUGGCGCAGAAUAUAGACGUCCCGAAAGCAUUAGGGGAUGUUGUAGAGGCGUUAAUCGGAGCUGUAUUUUUAGAUUCUGGAAAUGAUCUGCGAUGCACCUGGAAAGUAAUAAGCCAAUUAUUGGACAUCGAAUUGAAUGAUUUUAUUGCCGAAGUGCCUCUUGAUCCCGUUCGUCAAUUGUACGAAUAUAAGGGAGCUAAACCAGAAUUCCAAUUGGAGUGGGUCGAUUAUGAUGUAGUUAUGAUGAAAUGUCAAUUUUAUUGCCGUGAUUACGUAAAGACUGUUGUUGGAUGUGGAGGAAAUAAAACAAUGGCAAAGAAAGCUGCAGCAAAAAUGGCUUUGCAAAUUUUACAUGCAAAUUAAAAUUAAUUUAUAAUUUUUUUAAUGCUUUAUUUUUGUAGUUAUUAUUCAUAUUUUAUACAUGUUCGCUGAUAUUUUUCAUUCCUAUUUAUAUCUUAAUUUGUCUUGCGACCGAAAGAUUAAAAAUAGAAUUGUAUAAAAUUCGGUCAAUUCACACACAACCAAGUUGUUGAAUUUAUACAUAUAUAAAUGAUUUUGAUAACAAAAUCAUGUCCAUAAUCAAAACAAGUGUUUCCGUACAGUUCUAUUGAAUUAUGUUUGUGUAUAGAAAAGUAUUUAAUCUAUGUUUAUUGUUAUAAUAUUUUAAUAAAUUCUAAAGCUGUAAGGCUAACAAAA